UUGCGGAAGCGAUCACUGACAAUGCAAGGGAUAAUUUUUCCAAGGUAAUUGGGUUACCAUAUUUUUGUGGAGGUGAAGAAAGAAGCCCGUCGGUACCAAAUGUAAAAUGUAUCGCCAGCGCUCACGCAUGGAUAAAGGAUUUAGAAAAUAGAACAAUGACAAACUGGACAGACGAAGGGAGGAUAGAGUUGGCCAAGCAAUAUGCAUUAGACAGUGCAUAUACUCAUAUGACACACUGUGCAACGCAACAUAAAAAUGAUUGGGAUGAUGUGAGAAAAGCAUUCCUUGAUAUUUAUCCAGAGGAUAGAUCGCUUCCAAGCCUGAUCAGUGAAUUGUCAUCAGUAACUCGACAGCCCAGAGAAACCAUAACAGAGCUCUAUAUCAGAGUAGAAGGGAUUGUGGCAAAAUUAGAAAGCAUGAAACCCACAGACUGUGGGGCUAUGCAUGGGAUACGUUCAAGCCUGGGAUGUACCCCAAAGCUCACCUCCUCAACAAGGGAUGAGUUUCUCCCAAGACCAUCAACUACUUGUAACUGGACAAGCUUAUGUGGUGCCUUUUUUGUUGAAAUUGGAGGAUAUCUAUGAGCCAAUUAAAAAAGCCAACAAUAUCACUCAGAAUAUAAUAUAUAAUUUAGAUGAAAUUGAGGGAGAUGAUUUUAUCUUGUUUACCUCUUUGAUUUCUCAGCAUAUCCUGGCUUUUCAAGAAAGAUUUAAAAAUUUGCAUGCUUCAAUGCAGGAUUUCCUAAUGCAUAUUGUGGCCAAUGACAUUCCUCAACCUAGAAGGAAAAAA